AUGGUUCAAUGGACAGAAUUCGAGCGCGCCACCAUCGCGGACGUCUUCUCCAAGAUGCAGUAUGAGGUGGUGGCCCUGCAGAUCUUGCCAGUGUCUGAAGUCUACCCCUGGACUCAGAGAUAUUUCGGCAACUUUGGAAACCUCUACAACGCUGCUGCAAUCACGGGAAAUCCGAUGGUUACAAAACACGGAACAACUAUCCUGCACGGUCUGGACCGGGCUGUGAAGAACAGGACGCCUCAAGGAACCUAUGCCGAGCUGAGCGUGCUGCACUCCGAAAACUGCAGUGGAUCCCGACAAUUUCAAACUCUGUCCGAAUGCCUGACCAUUGUGGUUGCAGCUCAGCUGGUAGGAUUUCACUGGUGA